UGUGAUGAGUGUGGAAAGUCUUUUGUCCAGGCUGGCGGCUUAAAAAGACACCAACUCAUCCACAGUGGAGUUAAACCUUACAGCUGUGACUUGUGUGGAAAGUCUUUUACCCAGGCUGGACACUUAAAAACACACCAACUCAUCCACAGUGGAUUUAAACCUUACACCUGUGACUUGUGUGGAAAGUCUUUUGCCUGGGCUGGAGACUUAAAAAAACACCAAAUCAUCCACAGUGGAGUUAAACCUUACAGCUGUGACUUAUGUGGAAAGUCUUUUGCCUGGGCUGGAGACUUAAAAAAACACCAAAUCAUCCACAGUGGAGUUAAACCGUACAGCUGCGACUUGUGUGGAAAGUCUUUUGCCUGGGCUGGAGACUUAAAAAAACACCAAAUCAUCCACAGUGGAGUUAAACCUUACAGCUGUGACUUGUGUGGAAAGUCUUUUACCCGGGCUGGAAACUUAAAAAAACACCAACUCCUCCACAGUGGAUUUAAACCUUACACCUGUGACUUGUGUGGAAAGUCUUUUGCCUGGGCUGGAGACUUAAAAAAACACCAAAUCAUCCACAGUGGAGUUAAACCUUACAGCUGUGACUUGUGUGGAAAGUCUUUUGCCUGGGUUGGAGACUUAAAAAGACACCAAAUCAUCCACAGUGGAGUUAAACCGUACAGCUGUGACUUGUGUGGAAAGUCUUUUACCUGGGCUGGAGACUUAAAAAAACACCAACUCAUCCACAGUGGAGUUAAACCUUACAGCUGUGACUUGUGUGGAAAGUCUUUUUCCCGGUCUGAACACUUAAAAACACACCAAAUCAUCCACAGUGGAUUUAAACCUUACAGCUGUGACUUGUGUGGAAAGUUUUUUUCCCGGGCUCACAGCUUAAAAAAUCACCAACUCAUCCACAGUGGAUUUAAACCUUACAGUUGUGACUUGUGUGGAAAGUCUUUUUCCCGGUCUGAACACUUAAAAACACACCAACUCAUCCACAGUGGAUUUAAACCUUACAGCUGUGACUUGUGUGGAAAGUCUUUUUCCCAGGCUCAAACCUUAAAAAGACACCAACUCAUCCACAGUGGAGUUAAAGCAUACGGCUGUGACUUGUGUGGAAAGUCUUUUUCCCUGGCUCAAACCUUAAAAACACACCAACUCAUCCACAGUGGAUUUAAACCUUACAUCUGUGAGUUGUGUGGUAAAGCCUUUUCUCAAAGUAGCAACUUACAGAAGCAUCUAGUUACCCACUCUGGAAUCAAGGUGUACAGCUAUGCAAAAACAUUCACUUCAUUAUCUGCUCUGUGCAAACAUCAGCCUGAUCAUGCAGGACUGAAAUCACUGGAUCACAAUGAAUCUGAAGAGAGAGAAAGAUCCUCUUCUGGUUUCAGGGUCGGACCUAAAAACCUUGAGAUCAGGCAGGAAGCUUACCAAACAACAAACAGAAUCAACAAACAGAUGUGUCUACAAUAAAACCUCCCCCAGCACAGAGUAGCUGGAGAGGUGGUCAGAGACAAAGGAAUGUCUUGAUCCUAUAGAUUGAACUAAGACUCUCAAUUUAAAAACCACAAUGACAACAUUCAACAAUUAGACUUCAGUCAAUUUCUUUCAUUUGAACUGUCUUAGUUUUUCCAAAAUUAACUUCUGUUUUUUAAAGUAUUCAUUUUAAAGAAGUGUUAAAAGUUAAAAAGAGCAGCACACAUCAAGACCAUUUUAAAGAUCACAGGUGACUACUUUUAGUUGUUUCAAAUUCUAUUAAACCUCUAUUUUUGGCUCCUCCUUUUACUUUAGUGUAUUUACUGUAUCCUUGAAGUCCACAUGUUGUUUUUUUAAUGAAUUUAUUUUGAUCCACAUGUUCUGCAGCUGUUUUCUUGUUAAUUUGAAGUUUGCAUUAUGAAAAUCCUGAUAAUGUUAAAGCAUUACUUAUAUUUGAUGAACUCUGUGUAAAGUUUGUCUUAUUAAACAGUUUGGUGUGAAAAAAUAAAGAAAUGGUCUCACAACAAGUAGUU